AUGUCCCCGACGCCGCCUACCACCGACUCUCCGCCGCACCUUCGCAGGCCUCUUACAGGCAAUAAGGGCGCCGGCGGCGACAUGACCAUGAUGUUCUUUGCCCAGCCCGACUGCCCCGUGAGGUUCGCCCACCAGGACGAGCACCGCGUGAGGGGCCUCAACGCCGAGGCCAUUGCCCGCGUCCUCCUUCCCGCCCCCUCGUGGCUGCUGGCGCUCGAGUACGCUCCCCUCCGGGCAGCGGGGGAUGAUAACGAUGUCUCCCCCCUCUUCUUUAGCUUGAAUCUCUCAAUCUACGGCCAGCCGGUCGUCGACUCGGAUUGGUCUGAGCAGUGGUUCUUUAUGUCCGGCCGCGUCCAUCCGUACGCCCUCGCCUGGGAGGUCGAGCGCCGCGACGGUCUCGAGGCCGACGUCGGCGAGACUCUCCUCUAUACGAUGCCCGCCCUCGUCGUCCGCGACCAGGGCUACCAGCCCGUCCUCCCGCGCUCCUUGGCACCCGACGGCCACUUCCCUCGACGCCUCCUGUUGUCUCCUUUCACGGCGUCGUCGCCGGCUCCGGACUUGACCUCCUGCAGGCCGAUCUUCUUCCUGCUAUCGACGUACAUCGCCCCUGGCGUCCCGGACAAGGUUCCCUUCAAGGGCUACCACCCCUUUCAGGUCUUUGUCAUCUUUCCCAUCUAUGCCAACCCUUGGCUCGUCCUGUGUAAGAAGCUGGCCGAGAGGUCCGCCUCUCCCUUUCUGCCUGGUAUCCCGUUUACCUGCACUGGCAAGGUCGCCGGCCUUCUCGAUCAUGGCGUGAUGUGUGUCCCGCCCGGCUCGGACCGCGAUUACGUCUUCGUCGUCGUCCCGGAUAGCUGGACUUUCCAUGAUAGGUCUUCCGCCGCUGCCGCCUCCGCUUCCCCGCUGGCCCAGCCCCUGAGGCGUCAACCCUCUUCCACCUCCUCUGCGUUUGACCUCGUCCGCGCCGCCUCCUACUCGCUUGCUACGCCGCCUUCGACCGCGCCGCACACGCCUUCCAAGGCUCCGGGCCCGCCUGCCGAUGCGCCUGUGACGCCGCCGCCCGCGGGCCUGCUCGGCCGUGGCCGACUCCCCGAUUAA